AUUUUAAUAUUCAAUAUUUUGGGCGUAAUUUUGUCAGAAGAAGAUCAAGUUUAUAAAAGUCAUCUGAAAGUUUCAACGCGGCUAGACUUGUCGGGAUCAUUGAAGCAUCUUUGUGCUGGAGAUGAUCAAAAUGAUGACGAUCAAGUGGUCUCCUGUGCUUGUCUCAGUAAAUUGUCAGUUGUAUCGACCGUCCAAGUGGGAAAGUACCAAAAUGUCUACCAUCACAACGAGAGCAAUCAAAAUGGCGUAAACGCUUACGCGUCGCUUUACCAAACUGAAGAAAAUUUGAAAGUUUUAGGCUUCGGACGCUUCAAUUUACAUAAUGUUAAAUGCGUAGAAAAUAAUGAGGUUAAAGAUGUUGAGAGUCGGUACACUCAUUGGUUCCACGUUUAUUCUACUUGGUCAAGUUUACCUCCAUAUAAUAAAUUUUUUGAUUACGAGGACUAUGCGGCCGAUGUUCUAUUGCCAAUAACGAUUGUGGAUAUUACUCUUGAUAAUGCACCUAAAUUUAGUUAUUUAAAAUUAGAAUUAAACGAUGAAGAAAUUUAUCAUUUUGAAGAUAAUUUGGGAACAAUGUGUGGUGAAUCACUAAAAGAAGGUUCUAUGGAACAUACAUUGUGGAGCAUUGUAGAUCGAAUUCUAUUACAUAAUAAUAAUAAUUGCAAUUAUCCCAAGGGUACCACUUUCCCGACUGUCGAAAAAAUUCCAAUAACUGUAACAGUCGACGAGCCACUGAAGUGCGGCAACUAUAUGCUUGAGUUUUUAAUUUAUUUAGAUGAUGAUGAUGAUGAAACAAUAAGUUGGUUUGGUAAAAUUUAUUGGUACUUGGAAGGUGGUUCUACUUGCGUUGAAUAA